AUGCUUGCUGAAUGUAAUGAAGCCUUAUUAUCUAAAGUUUUCGGACUUAAUACUUCUGUCAACAUAUGUGUGUUAUCUAUCAAUUUAAUUAUUAUGAUGGGGUUGAUAAUCAAAAUUUAUGCUGGUGCUACUACUACUGCUAAUAUUCAUUCUAUCGCUCCAGCAUAUUAUACAAAUACCUCAACUGUUGCUCUCACUUCUAUGUUUAUCGCUUCAACCAUGUAUAUUCUUUUGAUUGUCAUUCUAAUUAAAACUAAUUCUGAUGGAAACACUAUUAAUUUUUGCCCCUCUUUCACGAACAAUCCACAAACAAACAGGAAAAUCAGAGGGGCGCAAAAUAAUCUUGACAUAGCAAAAAUUGAAGAAUCAUGGGCGCAAAAUAAUCUUGACAUAGCUGAACAGCGAGUACAAGAUGCACUUAAUGAUAUUGUAGCAUCAAAUACAAAUAUAAAGCCUGAACAGCGAGUACAAGGGGCGCAAAAUAAUCUUGACAUAGAAUCUGAUGGAAAGAUAAGAGAUGUGCUAGCCGAAGAGGUGAUAAAGAGUGAGUAA